AUGGAUGAGUUGAAUAUUUACGAGAACAUUCAGUUUAUUUUGGAAACGCAUUAUGCUAAUGUUGAUGAUGAUUUAAAUUUCUCAAUAGACUGGUGCAGUAAAAUACAUCAAUUAAAGCCUCUGGCUCUGAUCGAGCAAUAUAAGAAUCGUAUUCAAAAUCCUGAUGAUAGAUUCUAG